AUAAAUGCAUUGCAAUUGAAAAGUGAAAUAUUCUUGUUUGAAAUGACGUUGUUAAUUAUUAUCUGUCCUUUAAUACUAUAAUUCCAACAUACACACAUUCGAACCGCAUUUGUUUUGGAAUCAGAGUGUAGACAAAAUCGGUGCAUUACUCACAUAACUACAGAUAGAAACAACACAACAACAAAAACUCAAUAUUUUCUUUAAUUUACUUUUUUUAUCGAAUGAUGUGUUACUUGUGACAGUACUAUUUGCACUUAUUAAAUUUUUAUUGUUAUCGUUUGGACAUUGCAAUUGUUUUUCGUUUUUUCUUUUUGGUCUUUCAAUUUCUCGUGCGGAAGCCAAAAUCAGUAAAUCUAAUUAUUGUGUGGUGAAUUUGGAGAGAAAAACAGAAAAAUAAACCGGAGCCAAUUGUAAAAUCGUUUACAAUUAUGGAGGCUGUACCGAAAGUGCCAAUGCUUCACUUUGAUUUGAAGCAAACACAACAGAAAUCAUCAUUUUCACGAUUAAAACAGUAUAUCGCUGAAUAUUAUCAAGAGGAUCCAGAGACAUUUUCAAAAGAAAUUUAUGAAUUGGAAACACUGAGAGCAGCCGCAUACAAUCCGUCGAUUGAUGAAACCGGCUAUAAUGUCAUCAAACGAUAUUAUUGUCAAUUGCAUUCGUUGCAAAAUCGUUUUCCCAUCGAAAACGAUCGGAAUUUGGUAAAUUUUGUGUGGCGUGAAAUUUAUUCAAGCAAUACAACACAAUCGUCUGAUAUUCGUCAUGAUAUGGGCAUUGUACUUUAUAACUAUGGUGCAAUACAUACACAAUUGGGAGCAGAAGCGAGCCGUUCAACCGAAGAAGAUAUGAAAUUAGUGUGUACGCUGUUCCAACGGGCAGCUUGGGCCUUUGAAAUGGUUCGUGAAAAAUACCAAAUGGCAACAACCAGUGAUAUGCAUCCAGAUAUAUUGCGAUUUAUGCAAAAUAUUUGUUUUGCUCAGGCACAAGAGUGCAUUCUGGAGAAGAGUUUAAUCGAUAAUCGAAAAUCGAUCAUUGUGGCUAAAGUGGCAUCACAAAUUAUUGAAUACUAUAAUUCGGCAUUUGCGUCUUUAUCGUCGGGCGACGAAGAGGGUAUGAUUGGUGAAAUUGUCGGUUCGAAACAGUUCAAAGAAUGGCGUCAAUACAUUCAAUUCAAAGUGGAGUACAUGAGAUGUAUUUUAUCGUUAUAUCAAGGCCAACAUGCUGAGGAACAACAAAAAAUGGGCGAACGUGUAACGUUAUAUCAAGCGGCCUGUGAUCGAUUGGAUGAUGCACGAAAGGCGGCCAAACAUUUGGAAAAUAUGCCACAAGUGAAUGAAACGCUUACAUUUGUCAUGGACGUUGUAGAAGCGAAACGAAAAGCGGCCAAAAAUGAAAAUGAAUUUAUUUAUCACGAAGAAGUGCCUGAAUUCAGUUCAAUUGCGACAAUUGCUGGCGCAAAUUUGGUCAAAGGAAUUCCAUUUAAUGUGGCCGAUGCGGCCGGUGAUGAUAUUUUCCAUCGUUUGGUACCGAUAAAAACACAUGAGCAAAGCUCAUUGUACAGCGAAGAAAAAACAAAUAUUUUGCGAAAAAUUACGCAAAAGAUCGAAGCUAAAGACAAUGAAUUAAAUCAAUUUAUGGAAUCAUUGAAUAUUGAUUCGUUGAGUUUUAAUGCAAAAGAGGCGAAACUACCGCAAUCGAUCAUCGAUCGAUGUGGAGCGAUGAAUGCACAGCCAACGGUUAUCAAUGAUUUAAGACAAAAUAUGUCAUCGUUAGCAGAGAUAUGUGUCGAUGUCGAAAAUUCAUUACAAACCAUUCAAGAAAUGUUGAGCAAAGAGGAAUUGUAUGAAAAAGAUUUCCAACAAACAAUGGGCUAUCGGCCCGGCAAUCACUUCAUUGAAUUGAACCGGGAAUUCAUGAGAUAUCAAGAGGCACACAAUAAAGCCGGUGAUAGCAACGAGACAUUGAGCAAAGCAAUGAAAAUGCAUGUGAAAAAUUUGGAAAUGUUAUCAAAACCAUUGUCAGACUUACAAGCCGAAAUUCCAACAUGUUCGCUGGAAUGCGAUCCAAGAAUAUUGAACGAAACUCAAAUGCUGUUGAAUAAAGUGAAUGAAAUGCGUGUACAACGGGGCCAACUCUAUGCGCAGCUGAGUGAAAACAUUCAAAAAGACGACAUCACCGCGCAAUUGGUCGCAUGGGGUGAAAACGAUGUGGAAAAAUUGUUUCGAAAUGAAUUGGCCAAACAUGAUCAUUUGAUAAAUAUCAUCGAACAAAAUCUUGUGGCACAAGAGAAUAUAUUGAAAACAUUCACCGAUGCCUAUGCAAAGUGUGCACAUUUCAUCAAAGCUGUUGCAGAAACAAAACAUAAACGUGAUAUAUUUUUUACAUCGUUGAUCGCAUCGUAUGACGUGUACGAUGAUUUGUUGGGAAAAAGUUUAAAAGGAUUGGAAUUUUAUAAAAAACUACAGAGUAACAUUCAUCGAUUAUGUGCUCGUGUUCGCAGUGCACGUGAUGUUCAUGACGAAGAGCGACAACAACGCAUUGAUUCGUUGAAUAAAAAGGCAUUGCAAUCGAUGCAACAUCCACAAUUGCCACCACCAUCAACAACGGUGGCCAUUUCAACAGCAAACGUGCCCGUACCCACUUCAAAUGUCGGUGAAUAUCCAAAACUGUCAAAACCAAUCGAUCAUGAUGCCAUUGAAAACUAUCGCAAUGCUGCCAUUCGGCCAACACCAAUUGGUCAGGAGAAUACCGGAAUUCAUGAUAUUAACCAUUCGACGGCAGCGACAAUUCCAUAUAAUUAUAAUUAUCCAUCGACUGCAACAGCAACAGUCCCAACAAUAUCAUCGAAUUACACGCAAUCAACGUCGCAUGCAUCAAUGUACGUGCCGAGUUCAGUUCCAUCGAUGACAUCAACCCAUUCAAGUCAAUCGAAUGUCAAUUUAAAUCAACAAAACACGUAUACAAGCCAAACGACUGCUUACUAUAACCCACAAUUAUCUCAGUCAAAUAUGUAUGCAUCGGCCGGAUACAUAAAUCCAAUCUACAACAAUUUAUCGAACGCGGUUACAUCGCCGAGUCAAACGAAACCAAUUUAUAGUGGUGAAAAAUCACAGACAACUGUAAAUGUAACGAGUGCCAGUGUAUCUUCAAUUGGUGGUGCAUAUGGAAAUGUUGGCACUUAUUCGUACGCAACGAAUCCAAAUGCAGCCACGUCAGCGUCGAUUCAACCAUACAACUACAAUAGCAUGAUGACUGGUGCACAGAAUGUGUCAAGCCAAUUGCCCAUUUCAUCACAAUCGUACUUGAAUUAUUCACAAAGUGAUACAACAAAUCAAUCGAAUUCUUACAUGAACUCAACAUACAGUGGCGGUGUGCAAGCACCCACUACGGUCACUUAUCAUUCUCAAACGCCGCAAACGAGCAUUUAUCAAUCGGCUAAUUCGUUGACAAAUCCGAAUUUGAGCCAACAACCACAGUCAUAUGCUGGCGUUUCUUACACUGACUACACAACACCAAACAACCAGGUGAAUGCCUAUCAAAUACCGGCAAAUAGUAAUCAGUAUUCACAGCAACAAAGUCAAACUCAGCAAGUGUCACAAAACUACUCGCAUUCCAAUACAUCCAAUGUUGGCCAUUCAAUGCAAGUGCCACAGCAAGUGGGCGCAGCAUCAACCGCAUACACCAACUAUGUGCCUGGAUAUUCAACGCAAUCGGGAACAUUGCCAACAACAAAUAAUGCCCAAUCCACAUAUCCAACUCGUGAUGCAUACGGUUACUACAAUGCGCAGUAUCCAAUGCAAAAUACACCAACGUCAAGUCAAUAUUACGGCAUUGAUGCAAACAAUCAAAGUAAUCAGUAUCCAGUAUCGAAUAUUGCUCCAUCAUAUUCAACGACUGGUUAUGGUGUCACACCGAAUUCCAGUUACAGUGCAACGAAUCAAACGAACGUUUACAACUAUGGCGCAGUAAAUCCAAAUGCUGCAAAUACCUAUUCACAGCAAGCUCAAAAUGUAACUCCGGCAGUAUCUCAUGUUCCAGCGCAGUUUUCAACACCGGCACCGGUUACAAAUGCACCGGUGAAUAGUAAUGUUACUUCAAAUGUGGCAUCGAAUCCAACCAAUCCAACGACAGUGCCGCAAACGAAACCACAGCCGAGCAAGUCAAAUAAAUUUGAUUUGUUAAGCGAUUUAGACAACAUUCCCAUUCCUGCGCCAACACUUCAGCCGAUUAAAUCAACUGACAAACCAUCACAACACGAUUCCAAAAUAGAAUUAAAUAAAUCGGAAGAAAGUAAAAAGAUCGCAGAUGAUUCAACACCCACACCAAUUGUGAAGGCAAAUGAAGAGAAACCGCCCGUUGAGAAGAAUGAUUCGAUUGAAAAAGCUUUGACUGAACUUUCUUUGGCCGAAGAAACGAGCGCCAAGUCAAACGUUGACACCGACACAAAAUUCGAUUUGAAUUCAAAUUUCGUUGAGUUGCUGGCAUCAACAAGUUCAGCGCCAAUUGUGUCCAAUACGACCGCGGUCACUCCAGCUUCGGUGCCGCCAAGUUCAGCGAAUAUUGAAAAUUUCUACAAAGAAGUUCAACGAUAUGAAAAAAUUGUUAACGGUCUAACGACAAAAACAUUGAACGGUACUACACCACUCGAAAUCAAAUGGAAAGAACUACAUGAUACACUGGAAAAAGAUGCCGCCAAACGAUCGGUUAGCAGAUCGAAACUAUUUCCGGAAAAAAAUCGUGACAUGCUUUCAGUUCCGUACGAUCAUUCUCGUGUUCUGUUGCCCACUGAAACAGAUGACUAUAUUAAUGCAGCUCACAUUCGGGAUCUUGGAUCGCACUGUAACCACUUCAUAUUGGCCGAUGCACCAAAAUUUAAUACCGUUAAAGAUUUCUGGUGCAUGAUUUGGUCGCAGCAAGCAUCGUACGUAGUAUGCCUUAGUACGCCAGAUGAAAGUGCCAUUCUGCUAUUUCCAAAGCAAUUGAAUACAUCACAAAAUUUUGGCGAUUAUUCAGUGACCGUUCUAACCGAACAACAUCGACUGUACAUCAUCGAACGAACUAUUCAAGUUACAUCACCUGAAUCGAAUUCGACUAGAACCAUCACCAUUUUACAACCCAAACAAUGGCCAACGAAAAACUCGAUAUCAAAUUUAAUUGGAGUAUCGCAGAAUAUAGUUGAUACAGUGACGCCGAGAAACAUGCAAAAUAAUCCGAUGAUUUUGAACUGUGCGACAAAUUUGGAGCGUUCUAGUUUGGUUGCGCUGGCAAUAACAUGCAUACUAGCUCUUGAAAGUGAAAUGCCCAUAAUAAUCAACGUGACUGACGUAUGGUAUCGCAUUUGUUCACAACGCAAAAAUAUUUUAACUGAUAUGAAUAUUUUGCAACAAUCGAUGCAAAUUGUGCUACAGUGUUGUCGAGAAUUUAUUAAAAAACGUUCACCGAAAUCAUUGGCGAACAACACACAAACCAAUUACUAUUUCAUUGAGGAAGAAGAGCCACCGGUCAAGGAUCCAUUCAAAGACCUAGAUCCAUUGUGGAAAUUAAAAUAAAAUUAAAAAAGAUAGUUAUGAUUAGAUUCAAAAUGAUAAAAAAAUAUAACGAAUAAAAUAGUGAACAAAAUUUGUUAAAAAUUAAAAAAAAAGGUUUUGGAGGAGAUAUGUCUAACCGAAAUUUUUCUUUGGAAAGAAGUUUUCUCUUUUUAAUGAUCAAAUGUAUAUUUUACAGCUCAUUGCUGCUAUUUAUGUUAUUGAAGAAAUUAUUAAAAAUAUAAUCAAAUGAAAAUAUUUCUUGA